CGUGUGGUUUAAGUCUGGCACGUGUUUUUAGCAGCGUUUUUUAUCAUUUUUAUGUUAGAAAAAUAGUUAUAUUUGCAAUUUUAUCUGGAUUAUGUCGCGUUAUUUAGACUAAAUAACAUUAUGAAUCGCAAAAAAAUAUUGCAAGAGCCAUCUUUGGCGUAUACAAGUAACCCAAAUUACAGUAAACCUCCAAAAACUCCUAACCCGCAUCUGCAAUGUUUGGGCACACCACACAUCGACUCAUUCAACUACAUGCUACAAGACGGUCUAAAAGCAGCCAUAGCAGAUUUAGUACCUGCAGAAUUCGAAAUGCCUACUGGUGAAAAGAUCAAAAUCACAAUAUUAGAAGGAGUUUUCCUCAAACCAAGCGUCCCGAUAGAGACAGUUGGGGUGAAAAACCACAGGGUUCUGCCGACGGAGUGCAGGCAAAGGGCAUCCACAUAUAAAGGAGAGUUUAAAAUAAGACUGUCUUUCAAUAUUGAUGGGAAGCUUACUUUUAUUGAUAGAUCUUUGGGAUAUUUGCCCAUUAUGCUGAAGUCAAAAAUGUGUCACUUGGCCGACUUAACACCAGAAGAGCUUAUAAAACAUAAUGAGCAUUCAGAUGAGUGGGGCGGUUAUUUUAUUGUUAAGGGUCACGAACGCUUAGCGCGUAUGCUGCUAGUAACUCGACGCAACUACCCCGUGGCGAUCAAACGUCCCAGCUGGAAGAUGAGAGGCAACCUCUUCUCAGAGUAUGGUGUUCUGGUACGGUGCGUCAAAAUCGAUCAGACUAGUACAAACAACGUUCUACACUUCCUCCAGAACGGCACAUGUAAGCUGAUGUUUUCGCACCAUAAAGUGAUGUACUACGCACCAUUGAUUCUCAUCAUGAAGUGUCUAGUAGACUAUCAGGACCACUACAUAUACAGACUGCUGUUGCAUGGGAAGAAAAAUGACUUGUAUUAUGUCAAUUGCAUCCAAAACAUGCUACGCGAGUUACACGAAGAAGGUCUCCACACAUCAGAGGAGUGCCGCUCCUACCUAGGCCGCAUGUUUCGCCCCAAACUAUACGAACUGCCACCAUGGACGACCGACCUGGAGGCUGCAGACUUCCUGCUGCAGCGCUGCGUCAUGAUACACCUGCGGAACUACACUGACAAGUUCCACACUCUGGUGUACAUGGCUCAGAAGGUGUAUGACGUGGUGCAGAACAAGUGUAAGGUGGAAGGCGCGGACGCCGUCAUGGCGCAGGAGUUGCAAGUGGGAGGUCACCUGUACCUGCAGGUCCUGAAGGAGCGUCUACAGACCAUGCUCUCCGUCAUCAAAGCGACGCUGAUCAAGAGGGCUAAGCUGAGCAAGUCGUGCCCUGUUAAUGCGAGAGAAAUACAGCAAAUAAUCCGCGCGGCGGGCAGCCUGGAGCAGAAGAUGGAAACUUUCCUGUCCACUGGAAACGCACCCUCCAACAAUGUGAACCUGACCCAGUACAAGGGUUUGACUAUAGUGGCCGAAAACAUCAACAGGAUGCGGUAUAUGUCGCAUUUCAAGGCAAUCCACAGAGGUUCGUUCUUCAUGGAAAUGCGUACGACAGAAGCUCGGCAGCUCCUACCCGACGCGUGGGGCUUCGUGUGCCCCGUACAUACUCCGGACGGCGCCCCGUGCGGCCUGCUCAACCACCUCACCGCGUCUGCACAGGUCACUCAACCUCCCGACGCAGAGCAAGUAGCGUCACUACCGUUCGUCCUUGAAAAAUGUGGUAUGGAGCCCAUAAGCUCAAUAUCCGAGACCCCGUUGUCCCGCGACGUGUACAAGUACCCCGUGUUUAUCGACGGGCGGCUCGUGGGCUACCUGCCCGAGGACACGGCGGCCAAGUCCACCGCCUAUCUACGGACACUGAAGGUCAAGGGCGAGGACAUACCCAUAUCCACCGAGAUCGUCCUCAUACCUAAGAAACAGAUAUGUGCGCAGUACGCGGGCGUGUUUCUCUUCACAUCGGAAGCUCGUAUGAUGCGACCGGUCAUCAACCUGGCGACCGGACAGUUGGAACUCAUCGGCACUAUGGAGCAGAUGUACCUGGAUGUCGCGGUCACUAACACUGAGAUUAUACAAGGUAAAACUACACAUUUGGAACUAUCAAAAUCAGCUUUUAUGAGCAACCUGGCGCAGCUGGUCCCCAUGCCCGACUGCAACCAGUCUCCCCGUAACAUGUACCAAUGUCAGAUGGGCAAACAAACGAUGGGUACACCCAUCCACACAUGGACAACGAACGCGGAGACCAAGUUAUACCGGCUGGUGACCGGGGCCACUCCGCUGUUCAGGCCGCUGCAGUACGACAACCUGUGGCUGGACGACUACCCCGCCGGCACUAACGCUAUACUGGCCGUUAUUUCUUAUACGGGCUACGACAUGGAAGACGCCAUGAUAAUCAACAAGUCGGCGUACGAGCGCGGCUUCGCGGCCGGCACGGUGUACAAGUCCAACUUUGUGGAGCUCAAGCACGUGUCUUCGUACUUCUGCCGUGACCCCAAGAAACCAGAGCUGGCGUCGCAUAUUGAUGACGAUGGACUACCGGCCGUCGGAGCCAGGGUGCAGCCUGAGGAUCCCUUCUAUUGCUUCUUCGACGGCGAAAAGAGUGAGUUCGUAGUGCAGAAGUACCACGGCAAGGAGGAGGUGUUUGUGGACAGCGUGCGGCUGUGCGGGGACUUCUCGCCCAAAGCGUUGCGGAAGGCGUGCGUCAUGGUGCGGAUACAGCGUAACCCAACAGUGGGAGACAAGUUCGCUUCCCGAGCUGGACAAAAGGGCAUCUGUUCACAAAAGUGGCCCGCUGAGGACCUGCCGUUCACGGAGUCAGGCCUGAUCCCGGACAUUCUGUUCAACCCGCACGGCUUCCCCUCGCGUAUGACCAUCGCCAUGAUGAUAGAGAUCAUGGCGGGCAAAGCCGCGUGUCUCCAUGGACAUGUCCACGACGCAACUCCCUUCCGUUUUAACGAAAAAGACACAGCCAUCAACUACUUCGGCCGCCUUCUAGAAGCUGGUGGCUACAAUUACUACGGCACAGAGAGGAUGUACAGCGGCGUGGAUGGACGGGAGAUGACGGCCGACAUAUUCUUUGGGCUCGUCCAUUACCAGAGGCUGCGGCACAUGGUGUCUGACAAGUGGCAGGUGCGAACAACGGGUGCAGUAGACGCGCUCACCCGUCAGCCAGUGAAAGGGAGACGUCGCGGAGGAGGAGUGAGACUGGGAGAGAUGGAGCGAGACGCCCUGAUAUCGCACGGUGCCGCCUUCCUGCUGCAGGACAGAUUGUUCCACUGUUCCGAUAAGAGCGAGGCAAUAAUCUGCGCAAAGUGCGGCACGCUGCUCGGGCCGAUCACAGGCAGCAUGGACACGGACAACGAGGCCACGUGCAGGCUGUGCGGCGUGGGCGACCUGCAGCGCGUGGUCAUCCCCUACAUCUUCAAGUUCUUCGUCACGGAGCUCGCGUCCGUCAAUAUCAACGUGAAGAUCAAUUGCACCACCAAUUUGUCGAUCAACAGUUGUUAAAGUGAAUUUGUAUAUUAUGUAAUAGCAGUAUCUAUACUAAUAAAUAAAAAUAUUAUGGUGAAUAAAUAUUGAUUAAGAAUAUUAUACGCGUUUAAUUUACAAAAUCAUGUGUAUAGGUUUCUACAACACUUCUAGGUUAGCCCGCUUCCACCUUAGAUCAUCACCAAUCAUCACUUACCACCAGAUGAGAUUGAAGUCAAGGGCGAGCUUGUAUGUGAAUAAAAAAAUCCAGCUACACGCUUGCUAGUGCUUGCUGUGUCGCAAGCAUGUGGAAUAGUGGAUCCGCCAUGAGACCGUAAUUUGUAUUCAAGCGAAAACAUGUAAUUGAGGACUUCGUCUGUGUUGGUGUUAGC